GCCCGGCCGGCGGGCGCUCCACGCAGGUGUGAGCCGGGCUGUUAUGAAGGCAGCAUCAAGGAGCUCUUCGAGCUGUCCGAGGCUGCGCCAACGGCUUCUGAGUCCCGCGCAUCCUUGGAGGCCCGUGUUUGGCAGGCGACCCGUCGGCAGGCGGCACGGAUCAAGGUAAGGCCUGCCUGGCAGCCCAACGAGGUGCCGUUGGCCAGACGGCGGCAGCAGGAGCGCGAAUGGAAGCGGCUGUUAGCAAAGAAGCCGUCUGAUGGCCAUGCGGUCGCCAGCACUUGCAGCGCUACGCGCUCCAGCCGUGCCAGUGCCGUCUCAUCGAUUCCAGCGGGCAUUCCAACCAAUGCCUUUGACAAGCAGUCGCAGCGAAGCGGAUGCUUUCUUUGGCGUUCGCAGGCUGUGCCCGCUUUUUACGAAAAGGAGGAGCUGCCGCGAGGCGAUGCCCUCCAGGUGCCAGAGAAGGCAGCAAUCUGCAAUCCGAUUGCUCAGCUGCCUGCAGCACUCAACGUGCCCGACGAUGCCACCGCGGAAUGA